AUGUCUGCUGAAAACAUUGACAACCCCAUCUCCUACGAGCAGCUCGAGGAUCUCGAGGAUGAUUUCGAGCAGGUUGAGCUCGAGCUCCUCCGCCAGCAGGCUAAGCUCACCAAGGACCUGUACGCCAAGCGCGCCAAGGUCGUUGCUGAGAUCCCCAACUUCUGGCCUCUCGUCUUCGAGCAGGCUCCCCCGGAUAUCGACGAGUACGUCCAGCCGACUGACUCUGCCGUCCUGCUGAGCUCCCUCGUCGACCUGUCUGUGGAGCGAUUCGAGCUUCCCAACGGCGACCCCCGCAGCAUUGCCAUCAAGUUCGAGUUCAGCGAGAACGAGUACUUUGAGAACAAGGUUCUCGAGAAGAAGUUCUGGUGGCGCCGCAACAAGGAUGGCUGGGCGGGCCUCGUCAGUGAGCCUGUCAAGAUCAACUGGAAGGCCGACAAGGACCUGACCAGCGGCAUGCUGGACCUCGUUUACCAGGUCUGGGAGGACGACAAGGCCGGCAAGGGCGAUGACACCGAGGCCAAGAAGAAGCUCAAGUCCCAGAUGGAGAGCACUGGCCUCGACGGCGUCAGCUUCUUUGCCUGGUUCGGUUUCCGUGGCCUCAGCAUCACCGAGGAGGAGAACCAGGCUGCCCUGAAGGAGGAGGAGGAGAAGCGCAAGCUCCGCAAGGCGGGCAAGGAGAUUCCCGACGAGGAUGAUGAGGAUGAGGAUGAUGAUGACGACGAGUACGAGAUGGAGAUUUUCCCCACCGCCGACGACCUUGCCGUCUGCAUCGCUGAGGAUCUCUGGCCCGGUGCCAUCAAGUACUUCUUGGCUGCCCAAGAGCAAGAUGCCAUGAGCGACAUCGACUUUGAGUCUGACGAGGAGAUGGAUGAUGGCGAGGAAGACGCCCAGCCCUCCAAGAAGCGCAAGGCUUAA